AUGACGGACGACUCCAACUCUUUGGCCGCAGGCAAGCGAAGGAUCGAUGCCAUCGGUCGUCACGUUCAGCGUGUUGCGCCUAUCACCACAUCCUCGAAAGCUGAAUCACCAAGGCCAUUGAACGACUCCGCCUUCAACGACGAUCGAGAGAAGCUCGGCACCUUCACGCUCGGACCCAACGUCAUCAUCCCCGUUUUCCGCCCUAAACUGCCUCAACGUCUUCCUUCCAACCGCCUUCUGCUGAACCUCGAUGACGCGAUCGUGCUCGAGCAUCUCGAGUUUCUCGCAAAGAAGUGGCAGCUUGGUCAAGAUGUCUUCCUCCUCUCUCCACCUGGUCCAUACGCUCGCCGUCUAAGUCUCACUUUCGCCUCGCUUAUCCAGCUUCCGUUCGAAUACGUUUCUUUCCACCGCGAUGUAGGUGAGGCCGAGCUUUUGCAGACUCGAAGUCUCUCCGCCGGCGGCAACCUCGUUUUCGAAGAUGGCCCCGUCAUCCGUGCGAUGAAGAACGGACACUUACUCAUUCUCGAAGGCGUCGAAAAGGCCGAGCGAGGUGUCACGCCUAUCAUCAACAACAUCCUCGAGAAUCGCGAACAGAACCUUGCUGACGGUAGACAUCUCAUCCCUGCUGAGAAGCUAGAAGCUUUCCGACAGGAAGAAGGCAGCUUGAAGCAGGGCCAAUCAAGCCGCUUCAUCCCAGUGCAUCCCAACUUCCGUGUCAUUGCUACCGGUGUACCUGUUCCCCCGUACCGCGGCUAUCCCCUGGAUCCUCCUUUCCGAUCUCGUUUCCAGGCACGAUGGAUCGAAGGCUCUGUCCAGUCUACCGUGCCUCUUCCUGAAAACCUCUCUGAGGACGCACAGCAGCUUCGUUCACGAUGGAGUCAAUGGGCAGCCCUCCUUCGCUACCACACCACCCUAGCCCAAGGGAACGACGUCAUCCCGCCCACAUCCAAGCUUCCCAACCUGCCCACUACCGCUCUGCCACUUCUCACCGAUAUCGUCAGCACCUUUCCUCCAGCCAAGUCGCUACCCGACCUCGAAUUUGAUGAGAACGACCCCAUCCUGCCCAAGUGGCCGCGCGAUUCGCCUGAGGAGACAAAGGAUGCUGAAACGAGCGCAUCCACACUCGCCCUCCUCAGCUCUGCGUACCCACAAGUCUUCGGCCUCGACCAAGAAAAGCGAAAGGCCCUCGACUCGCUCCUCUCGCAACUCCAGGUUCAUGAUCAGAUGGGCGAGGGCACCGACCAGCCCACGCUAUCCGCCACAGGGUUCAUGGGCUACCUCGUAGACAACAUCGAACGAGUCUCGCCCACUAGCGCCAAGAUCACUUUCGCCCACGUCGCAGGUUCUGCACCUAGUAUCACGAUCGAAGCUUCCUGUGGUCCUCUUGACCUUGCACCUGUCCCGCGACUUGACGACGCUACUUUCUUGGGCCAGCAGCUCAUUGUCACACCUCGAGUUCUUUCCAUCUACAGCCGUCUACUCCAACUCCACGUGCUCGGUAGGGACAUCUGCCUUGUUCCCGCAAACAAAGCUCCAGGGCCUGACAAGCCUGGUGCAGCCUCAACUUCCGAUCCGCUCGCAGCCGCUGCACACCAACCCUCAUCCUCAACGACUACCUGUAUCGGCUUGAUGGCAGAAACGCUCGGAUAUGCAUUCGAGUCUGUCUGGCUGUGGAAAGACCUAGGUGGAGGAGAGCUGUUGAUGCGCAGAUCGACAUCGAAGGAUGGAAGCACAACGUGGGAGCCUGCUCCGCUGGUGCGUGGUGCUAUGCAAGGCAAGUUGAUUCAUCUUGCUGGUGUUGAUGUGCUGGGGCCUACGCUUGGCAGUCUUUCUCGUCUGUUGCAAGACCGGGAGUUGGAGCUUUGGAAUGGUGCGCGAAUGACCGAGGCUGAGGCUGAGGGUGAGCAGACAGCGGUCACACCAGCUGGCCCAAGCAUUGGUACGGGAGAGAUUGUUCCCAUCAAACCGACGUUCCGGGUCGUCGCUACCGCAUCAAAAGCCACUGGAUGGUUAGACGAAGAAGCAAGCACACUCUUCGCCGUCUGCAGCACUCGAGCAAUGGACGAAGACGAGGAGCGACACAUCGUUCUCACUCGUGUUGGGCUCACUGAGCCAACUUCUGACAUGAAGCAUCUCUUCCAGUUCGUCAACAAAUACCGUUCUCUCAGUGCCGAUCCUAACCUCGGCCUCGCCAAAUCUCGAAGACUCGGUACGCGUCAAGUCAUCCGUAUGGCCGCACGAUUGGCUACUUGGCAGGAAGACUGUGAUCUUCACGGCCUCAUUUGGAGAAGCUUGCUCGUUGACUUCCUCCCCAUCACUGUCCGCGAAGUCAUCGCUAACCUACUGACGGAAUGUGGAAUCUUCAAACCAGGUACGGAGGGCGCUUUCCAGUUCGUACCUCGUCUUUGGAUCGGUGAUCCGCAGAUCGUUGAGCCUACCAACGGCGAAGGAGCAGGAACACUCGACUUCGCUGCCUCCGACGGAUCAGACCGCGAGUAUCCCAUCCGAUCGAUCCCUCGUUACGACGCAAACAAACUCGACCCGGAAGGCAAGACGCUCAUACCUGAUCUUGGCGGAAGCUUCUACAACAACGCCCAGCAGUCGAGCUUGAUCCGUUCAUUCGCUGAGGAUCUUGUCUUGCUCAACGAGCAUCUCUUGUUGAUGGGAUCGCAGGGUACGGGUAAGAACAAGAUCAUUGAUCGUACCCUCGAGCUGCUUGGUCGACCAAGGGAGUACAUUCAGAUGAAUCGCGAUUCUACCGUUGCAGGCCUGCUUCAGCAGAUCGCUUUGGAGAAAGGUCAGAUUCACUACUACGACUCGCCUCUUGUCCGAGCUGUAAAGCUUGGGAGGAUCCUGGUGGUGGACGAAGCGGAUAAGUGUUCAACCGCCGUCUCUGCUGUAUUCAAGUCUCUUGCUGAGCGAGGAGAGCUCAGCUUACCUGACGGAAGACGUAUCCGCCCAGCCAAGAUUGGCGAGCGUCGACACCAGCCCUCCACUGCCACUGACAGUGGCGAUAUCUUGGUCCACCCUGACUUCCGCCUCGUACUGCUCUCCAACCGACCCGGUUGGCCCUUCUUUGGCAACAACUUUAUCGAAGUCAUCGGCGAAGGUUUCUCCUGUUACGCAGUCGCCAACCCCGACAUCGAAUCCGAAGUGCGCCUCUUGAAAGCAGCGGCUCCCAACGUCGACGUCGACCUUCUCCGUCGUCUCGAUCUUGCAUUCCACGACCUCCGCGCCGGCUUCGAAGCUGGACUGAUCAACCACCCUUACUCUCUCCGAGAACUGUUGCAUCUCGUGGCGCACAUGCAGAAGUAUCCCGAGGAACCGCUCUCUUCUGUACUGCUCAACACUCUUUCUUUCGACCUGCAUCGACCGGAGAGUAUUCGAUGGGUGGUUGAGGCGCUACGAAAGCGCAACUUGCCUGUGGAACAGCUCUCGUUGGAGGUUCUAAGGGAGCAGGAUCUUGAGCGAAUCCGAAAAGCGGAGAAGGAGGGUAAAGAUGGGUUGAAGCCCGAUUUCCAUCCGGGUCAGGAAGAGUAUGAUCCCAAGAAAGCCGGUCGUGCAACCCACCUGAGCAAACCGAAGGAAGGGAAAGUUGAUACCAGCAACGAAGCCCACGUCGGUGGUAAUACCUGGAAAGGUGGCACAGGAGGACGCGAUACGAUGGGUCUCGGCGGUCGUGGAGGUUACGGUCGCCAAUACUCGGGUCACAAGAUCCACCAGAUUUCCAAAGAGCUGAAGAAGGACGUACCCGAACACCUCAAGAAGCAAGCUCGAGAGAUGGCUCGCGCGGCCCUCGAAAAAGAACUUCAUGAGAACGGCAUGCAACCUCACGAAGCAGUCAACUUGCACGAAAUGAAGCAGAAAGUGGCAUCCCAAGUCCAACAUCUCUCCAACGUGCUGAACGAUCUCAAAGCCAACCGAUACGAACGUUCCUGGCUGACCCGACAACAAGAAGGUGAACUAGACGAACGUCGUCUUUCCGAAGGUCUUGCUGGUGAACGAGGAAUAUUCAAACGUCGUGCAAAGAUGCCUCCUGACCCGGGAGCGCCUCAGGUAAAACCAAAAAGGAUUCGAGUCGUACUAGAUCUCUCCGCUAGUAUGUACCACAUGCAAUUUGACGGUCGUUUAGAGCGAGAGUUGGAGGUUGCACUGAUGGUAAUGCAGGCCUUUUCGAGGGUGGAGGACGGAGCGGAGAGGUUUGCAGUUGAUAUGGUCGGACAUAGUGGUGAUGAAGAUAUGAUUCCACUUGUGGAGGUGGGUAGGAUGCCAAAGACGGAUGGAGAUAUGUAUCGCAUCCUAAGGGCGGUGGUUAGUCAUACACAGUACUGUGAUUCGGGUGAUAACACUCUCAAGUGCAUUGAGAAGUCGAUUAGACAGGUCAAGAGACCCCUUCCCACCGACCCGCAUGCUACGGCACAGGCAAAGGUGGAUAACACCACAGCAACCGGUCUCAACGCACCGAUCGUGGAGGAAGACCCUUCGACUUCUCCCAUGGACGACUACUUCGUUAUCGUUCUCUCCGACGCCAACUUGUCGAGGUACGGUAUUACCCAUCAGCGUCUGGCUCAAUUGCUAAGGCUGGACCCGCAGGUCAAGACCUCACUCAUCUUUAUCGACAAGGGUAGUGAGGCUUUGCACCUGGCCAAGCAGCUCCCGACCCAAACGCACGUUGCGAGGGAGACCAAAGACAUUCCCAGGAUCCUCAGCAACAUUUUGACAAGUGUCGUGCAGAACUCCUAG